AUGUCGGCCGAAACGCCAAUCCGAUUCGGAAUUCUGGGCUGCGCCGACAUAGCCCGAAAAGUCUCCCGCGCCAUCACUGUAGCCCAAAACGCCACACUCUACGCCGUCGGGAGCCGGUCGAUCGACAAGGCGACGGCCUUCGCCAAGGCCAACAAUUUCCCUGCCAACGCUAAGAUCUACGGCUCCUACGACGCCGUUUUGGACGACCCCGACGUCGACGCCGUCUAUGUCCCCCUCCCCACAAGCCUCCACGUCAAGUGGGCCGUCCUGGCGGCCCAGAAGAAGAAGCACAUCCUGCUCGAGAAGCCCGUGGCGCUCAACGUGGCGGAGUUUGACAAGAUUGCCGAGGCGUGCGAAUCCAGUGGGGUGCAGAUCAUGGACGGUACCAUGUGGAUGCACCACCCGAGGACUGCGAAGAUGUCGGAAUUUCUCUCCGACCCGAACCGUUUUGGUCAGCUAAGAUCGAUACACACCGUGUUCACUUUUGCUAGUGAUCCUGAUUUUCUCAAGAAUGAUAUUCGUGUGAAUCCAGACCUUGACGCUCAUGGUGCUCUUGGGGAUGCAGGGUGGUACUGUAUCAGGGGAAUCCUGUGGGUAAGUAACUUUGAACUGCCUAAAACAGUAAUAGCUUUGCGUGGCCCUAUAUUUAAUGAAGUGGGGGUGAUUUUAUCUUGUGGAGCUUCUCUGCAUUGGGAAGAUGGGAAAGUGGCAACCUUCCACUGCUCUUUCUUAUCAAGUUUGACGAUGGAGAUAACUGCUGUCGGUACAAAGGGUACUUUGCAUGUUGAUGGUUUUGUUAUCCCUCAUCAAGAGAAAGAGGCCCGUUUUUCAUUUGCUUCCGAAACCGGAUUUGAUGAAUUUGUGACCUGUUGGGUACCACCACCAAGUCAGCACAUUGUUACCACAGAUCUUCCGCAGGAGGUUCUCAUGAAGUGGCCAACCCUUAGUAGGAAGACACAGAUUGUACUGGAUGCUGUCAAGGCAUCAAUUGACAAGGGUUGGGUUGCUGGAAAUAUGCUGGACCAACAUCCAGUUGAGAGAGGGGGAAGAGGGUAUGUGGAACAGAAACAGUUUCCGUUCUAA